AGGGGUGGUCAUGAACUGAUAAGAGGGGAAGGCCUUCCUCAAUGUCUUUAUUUUCUCUUUUCGCUUACCCUCCCACGUAUUUAACUUCGCCAUAAGUGUAUUUCGUCUACACUGGUGGGCAGCUGGCGAUUUUUCGACGCUUUUUGGUGUCGAGUGAAACACCGGGACGCCCCCCUCUUUUUGUUUGUCGGUCGUAACGUCCGAACGUCCAGCUGAUUGCUUUGAGUGCCGUUCAAUUAUUCCAGCUCAAACUGAGCCGUUUUGUUUGACUCCGCGGAGGAAUUUUCUUUCGUGGCCGAAACGGGCCGACCCCCCCACCAUUUCUCGCCGACUUGUGGACUUUAAAACGCAUACGGACGUCUAUCUUUUUGUCUUACGUGAAUGCUGGAUCGUUUUUUCUCACUGAGCGACCAGGCCCCGGACUCAUCCCCAGCCUCGCGUUUCCAUAUCGGUUUUUGUUGGAAGUCAUGGGAGACACAAGUGAACGAAGCAAACCUCCGAGUCUACCUCCCCGGUGUCCCUGUGGAUUUUGGGGUAAACUGAAUAUCUUUGGGUCGCGGACAAAACAAGACAGUUGAGGACGUCACCCUUGGCUUUGGGAAACACUAAUCAACAUUUUUCACAGUUUUCCAAGGUUUUUUUUUCUUUUAAUCACUCAAUCAAGAGACGAAUUGACAGAUCGAACGGCAAUGAAAAUAAUCAUUAGUGGCAGCCCUACUUUUCAGAUUCAAAAACCUCAAAUAAUAUAAAGGCCAAGUGUAAAGUGUACAGGUUUUUAAAUCCAAGGCUUUUGUUGACUAGCUUUUCGUCUUUGAUCAAAGGAAGCAGAGGAUACAGACAGUCAGGGACAUCCAGUUCAGACAGAUCCAGCUCAGAAGAGACCCUGCUAAUGGAGAUCCAGACAACAGGAUAGUUGGUCCUCAGAUCCAAAACAAGACAACAGCUCCAGUAAAACCAUGAAUCUCUGCUCCAAAUGUUUUGCUGACAUUCAGAAGAAGCAGCCAGGGGAGGACUGCACCUCCAAGCCUAUCCAAAGCACUGGGAGUAGCCAAUCACCAGUUUUCAGUAGCGAGACGAGCAGUAGCAGUAGCCAAUCCCUAUUGUCGUCGCCGCCCUCAAGCUCCGAGCAGCCGUCAACCGAAGAGCCCUCGCCCACGUUUCCCAGCACAAGGGAAGGCAUGUCGUCCACAGAAACAGCCCAAGGCACACUCUGCACACCCACAAAACGUCCACGAGAAUCAGCGUCGGGCUCGGAGAGCGAGGCGACGCCAGAGAAACGGCCACGGACGGAGGAGAAGGAGGGGGGCAGCGAGGAGGCCCGUGGGACGCCCAAGCAGAAGAACCGCCGGCGUUGCUAUCGCUGCCAAACCAAACUAGAGCUGGUGCAGCAGGAACUGGGCUCCUGCCGCUGCGGCUAUGUAUUCUGCAUGCUCCAUCGUCUACCCGAGCAACACGACUGUCUGUUCGACCAUCUGGGCCGCGGGCGUGAGGAGGCCGUCCUCAAGAUGGUGAAGCUGGACCGCAAGGUGGGCCGCUCGUGCCAACGCAUCGGGGAGGAGUGCUCCUGAUUGGCCACAACGCGUGACCAGCCAUCCAGUUAGAGAUGAGGCGCUUACAAAAAGGAGGAGGAGGAGGAGGAGAUGGAAGGAGAGCAAGGAGGAAUGACAAAUGGGGUGAUGGGUGGGAGGGGGAGGGAGGGAGGGGGGAGGGAAGAAGAGGAGGGGGGGGAGGCAGCACGGUCGUAACAUCCUGCAUCUGACCCGGCAAUUCUGGAUCUGAGCUUAACGCCACCCUGUUGAUGUCCUGAUUUCCUGCGUGGAGCGUCUGUUUGGACUGGACGAGGCCGCUCGGGGACCGACAGGGGGCCUGGUGGUUGUUCUGCGGAGCCACGUUCAGUAUCGCAUGUUCACACACACAGCCUUAACCCAAACCCCCAGUCGCCAGAGGAAGGACGCCGCAGAGACGAAUCCAGUCUGUCGUACAUCGCACACAGCUCCACUGUUUCUCGCCACGGUUUCCUCCUCUCUGCUCACGCUCCUUUUAUUUCAGUGUAGGAAGUUACGGAAGAUGAACUGUUGUAGCGUUCGGCUGAACUGAUCCGUUCGGAUUGCCAUUCGACAAGGUCUUUUGUUUAUUUUUUUUUUUAUUUUCCAUUUUCUUGGUCGCGGGUGAGGGGUCUAGCUCUGUCCCACGACCACUCCUCAGGUCGUCAUCAAGGGGUUGGAGUAUCAAACCUGUAACCCCACCUUCCUCUUCUUCUUCUUCUUCUUUUCUUCCACCAACAUUUAGGUCCAUGUGCAGCAUCACUAUCCGCGUCUUGCUCGUGCAUGGUACCUGCAACAGCGUAUUUGUGCAGGUUUGAGUGUGGUAAUGUGAGGCAGUACAAGGAUGCUGUCAUGGUUUGAUUCUUUUUUUUCCCCCCAUUUUUCCGUGUGGCCGUCAUGGUGAUUAGCUCUGUUUUUACUGCUUAACCACGGUGUCGUGGAGGACAAUACAGCCAAUCCCUGCCUCUGCUCACAUGGACUGUUGACAAAAUGAAAAAUACAAAUAAAUAUAAAAAAAAAUAAUAAAAACCACACUAAUGGACAAGAGUCACUUGGAUAAAUCCUCUGUGUAGCAGAUCCUCUUCUCCCUCUUUCCCUCCCCUUUUUUCAAUAUACUGAGUAGUACUGUUGUUUUACAUAAAGGGGAAAACGACUGAAUUUUUGUAUUCAAAAGAGGAGUUCUUCGCCAAAACAACAUGUAUUCAUUUAUAAAAAGUACCUGAAGUUUAUCACUGAGUGUCUCUAUAGACUAAACUGAAUACAUAAAUUACUUACUACCCUUAUAAUAUAAUUUAUUUCUUAUUUUUGCGUUUUGUGGGUAGAAUUAGGUAUCAUUUAAUUUUCAGAUCGGGGAUAUUCUUGAAAUGUUUUAAUUUCUUUCUUCUUUUUUCUCUUACAUUGAUCAUCAUUUCUGCUAACGAGCUGUCACUAAAUCCAAGAGAGUUUGAAUCAGUGAUGUCACAUUGAUACACGGUCGGAGUGAAAAUUGGAUUCAAGGCUGAGAAAUUUAACCAAAAUCUGGUUAACCUGGAGAUGUUCUGCACCUGUGGCGAAGAGAAAACCAUCCUCAUGUAAAGUUUUCAGUACAGCUGGACUCUUAACUGGCCAGUUAAGUUUGAUCAGGUUUAUGUAGGGGUACGAUAAACUGUAACCUAAAGAGGUGAAGGUCGUCCCUUAUCUCGUGACAUCACAGAUUCAAACUGUCCGCAGUGUUCAGAUGAUGCCUCAGCUGGUUUUGGCUGCAGAAAUAACAUGUGAAUUCUUAAAUUGAGUGGUUUCCCCUUUCCGCAUACGUUUUCUUUGUUUUUUGUCAUUGUUCUUCCCCGACCCUGCUCUCGAUCAGCGUACACAGUCUGACUGCUUGGACUUUGUGCUGUGCAUAUUGUUCAGUUAUACACCUCCCUUCCUCCCUGUCCUUAAAGGGGUGUUCUACCCAAAUCAACUUUUUAGUUUGUUUGUUACGUUGCAGAGCUUUUUUUUCCCCUUCAAUUAAAAAAACAAAACAAAAAAAGAACAUUUUGUUUGGCAUUCAGCACACUCUGCAGGUGCAUUAAACAUAUGAGUUGUGAUUUGUUUGAUAAAUACAGGUACGGAAUCUCCAUAAAAUGUACUUUGCAGCAUCACAGGAAGUGCAAUUUGAUGUUGAACUGUAUGUUACUGUUUUUCAAGAAACGUGGAGCAGUGGAUUUCCUUGUAUGGCAGGAAAAUCAUAAAGCGUCCUCUUUUUUUUUUUCUUUUUGCAAAUCAUCAUGGGAAAAGUUGAUUCAGGUGGAGAGCCCUUGUAACCAGACACCACUUAACUAUGCUAAUCCUCAUGCACAAGUUAUUGUUUCUUCUCUCCAUCACCUCUCCCCAUCCCACUCGUCUUUUCCAGUGAGAGCAGCGAAGGACAAAGGGAGCUUGGCUGGUUUCUUAUUUUGAUAUUUUGAAAAAACUUGUUCCUUUUUUGUUUGAGUGCUAAUGAGAAAUGGAAGAAAUGGAAUAUCUUUCUGUACCUUUUAGAGAAAAAAAAAUUAUUUAACCUUAUAUCAGUUUGAGUUACUUACACCCUAGCAUAGAGUGGCAUAUUUAGUUAAAUGUAUAAAAAAAAAAAAAGCAAGAACAUAAUUCUGUCCUAUUUUCUCCUUUAAUUUUAUCGUGUUCCAUUUUCUGCUGAGGAAAAUAAACUGGAUUAGAGGAUGU